CAUCCACAUCCGGACGCACCGGAAGCGGUGGGUGCAAGCAAAAAUGACCUUUCGCAGCAUUCGUAUGUCCUACAUCACAAUAUGGAACAUUUUCCUGGUGCUACCGAUCGUCACGUCUGACAAUGACUACAUCUCUGGCUACCAUCGUCGAUUACACCCGAUGACCCCAGUUUCAUGGACAUCAAAAGAUGGACACGAUACGCGGGACAACCUGGUGAAAACGAUAAACAUCUUGAUCGAGGAACAGGCGCGUCGCCGCUUUCUGGAACAUCUGCAGCGAUUGCAGGCCGCUGGAAGCAAAACGAUCCCGGUACCCUCGUAUCUCGGUGCCGGCGAGGUAUCGGAUGAGUAUCGCCCGACCUACACGUACCAGUUGCCGUUCAGUAAUCAGAUCGAAGCGAGUGAACCGAUCAACUUUGCGGUAGGCCCCAGCGAUCCUCGAUUCUAUGACCAAAACACUGGCCUGGCGCGCGACGCGGAUCUGGACGGACUCGGUGCCGGUGGUGAUGGUGGAGAUGGAUCCUUCUUGUACGAUAGCUCCGAGCUGCGAGGCGAUGUAACGAAUCAUGAACGAGCCGCAACCGCAGCUCACGGAGGAACAGCUGCUGAACAGAAACCAAUCCAGGACUAUCGCCAUCCACCACCACCACCUCCGAUACGCCCAAAAAUGGGAAAGGGUACACACAAUCGAAAUCAGUCCAACAACGGAACACCACUGACGGUUGCUACAUCCGCAACCGACCGUAGCAAUUCGAACGGUGUCGUGCAGCAACCGAUCGAGAUCGGUACCGGCCUUGGCAUGUAUCUGAUUGCACUGAUAGCUGGUAUCAGUGCCGCCAUUACGGUAGCACUGAUUUCCAUCGGUUUCGGUUGGUACACGCUCCACAAGAGGACCAAAGCGGCAGCAGACGUCGAAUACCCAGCGUACGGUGUUACGGGACCAAACAGGGACUCGACGGCAGGUUCGGCCGCUUCCGCCGGUGAUCGUAAGCUAGCCCAGAAUGCGCAGAUGUAUCACUAUCAGCAUCAGAAGCAGCAGAUAAUCGCGAUGGAAAACACGACACGCAGCGCAGCCCAUUCGGAACAGCCGAGCGACGAUGAGAAUGAGGAAGGUGACUACACCGUCUACGAAUGUCCUGGGUUGGCCCCGACUGGUGAAAUGGAGGUAAAGAAUCCUCUCUUCUUGGAAGACGGCCCAAUCAGUGGACUCACCCUGCAGACAUCGAUCAGCGGUGAAGGGCCUGGCGUCGGAGUGGUUUACUUGGAAAAGACAAUUCAACCGCAAGCUCACAACAAUAACAAGAAAUCGGGAGAAUAA